CUGUUGUGUUUAAUUAGUUUUAAUUGACUCUUGAAACGAACCACACCAAAAAGUUAAAAGACGAUGAAUUUCGUAAAUCUCGUCUAAAUUGUACGACGCCCAAUUACAAUUACUAAUGUGUAUGACAGCUUGAAUAGUUUUUAAAAUUGUGCUUAUCGGCGAAUUAAAACUUCAUAAUUGUGAGGAAACAAAAGAAAAAAUUCUCAGUGUCUUAUCAUAAAGAAAACUAAUAAAAAGAGGAAAAGAAAAAGUUAAAGAAAGUUAUUGCAAGGAAAGAAAAAGAAUUCUUUAAGUGACCUCGUUUAAAAAGAUUAACAGAAGGAGAAACAACAGUUUUCGAUUGUGAUAUUAUUUAUGAAGAACUUGACAUGAAAUAUUUUUAACACCGAAAUAUCUAGAGACGUCAUAAAAUCAUCGCAUAUAUCGAAAACGAAUCGAAAUAUCUAAAAAAAAAAGAAAAUCUUCGAAGCGAAUGUGUGAAGAGUAUAAAUCAAAUAAUUGAAAAAAGAAAAAUAGCAAAAAUAAGAAAAAAAGAAAUAAUCGAGCACACAACAAAAGAAAGACGAAAAAAAGAAUAUUUUUGAGUAAUUUCAUAAUAACUUCAGACUUUGAACUCAAAACUAGUGCUUUGGAGCGCUUCAACACUUCAUACACAAAGUUAUGAUUUAAAGUGGCUUCGUCGUCAUCUUUUCUUACACUUGAAGAUGCUUUUUAACUUAAUGUGAUGUAAAUUGAGAUCUAUAUUUAUGUAUAUGUAACGAGAUGUUUCAAUGUGCACAUACCAUAUCGUGUAUCGUAAGCGAAGUGAAGAUAAAGAAAGAGCUGUAGCUGAAAAAAGUCUUCGUGAAACACGAGAUAAAAAUGUCAAAAAGGAAGAAUUAUAGCUCAAAGAGCUUGGCUUAGUUCAGAUGAAGUGAAAUAACAACAAGUGUUCGUUCUUCAUUCAUUUAAGAAGUGGUUAAAUAUUUUCACGAGAUUUUUUAUAAACAAUCACAAUGCAGCCUUAAGCUAUUAAUGUUAUGAUAAUAUUUAAAAGAAAAUACAUAAAACUGUUAAAAAGUGACCUAAAAAAUAGAAAUAAACGACUGAUAAGAGAAGAAAGAGACUGCAGACAUACAUACGUCUUCUAUAGUCAAGUUAAAAGAUGGUAGUUUUAGAAGGAUCACAAAUGGCCACGACAACGCUCGGUGGACCGUACGCACAGGGGGCCCCCGCCUUAAAAAUUGUACAAAAACGUUUUCUUGGUCUCCAUCAAUGGCUUUCACCAGUUUACAGCAAAGAAAUUAAAGAACAACUCCAACUGUUACGAUCUCAAAAUCCUGCUCUCACAAACACCGCCAAUGGACAACAUUUGCCUCAUCAAGCAAUGCCUGCAAUGGCAGCUCAACAACAAUUUCUCGCACAACAAAAUGCGUAUGCAGCUCAACAAGCUGCCCCUUACAUGAUGCCUGGACAAGAUGGAAAUCCUUUCAUGGCUACAAUGCUUGCACCUCAAGCUUACUACGGCGUUCCACCAUGGGUCUACCCAGCCGGUUUAAUUCCACAACAAGGAACUCAACCAAGGCGACCAUUGACACCAUCACAAGGACCUGAAAAUCAGUUUGUAUUGCAACCGACAUAUUUUGAUCAGAAUGGUUGCGCUAUUAACAUGAUGGGUCAUCGAACGGGAACACCGAUGCGCUUGGUAAGCCCAGCACCAGUUUUAGUUCCAGGUGCUGGUCCACGACCUCAAGCUCCACCUACGAUCUAUCAACCACCUCAACCCCAAGGUACGCCGCAAACAAUUUACUCUCAGCAAAACAGUAACAACGUUGGAGUAGGUGGAUUCCAAAACUUGACUGCUGGUUUCAAUUCUCUUAACAGUCCUUGUCCAUCAGGCUUACAACUCAACACUGGACUGACAACAAGACGUGAUUCAUUCGAUCGAAAUACUUCAGCAUUCAGUCCAUCGUUAGAUUAUAGCACAGCAAAUAUCGCAGGAAAUACUGUGAGAAAAUGGCCAACAGCUACUGGUUAUGGUGCUUUGGGAGCUUCGAGUCCUAUCGGAUGUCCACUUACACCUCCACCGAGUGGAAUUGGACAGAUGGUGACAAGUCGUGCUCCUGGUGCUGAGACAAAAUAUCGAAACGUCGGUCAACUAUCAGUUGGACUUCCACCAUCAACAGUUUCCAAUGCGAUGUUCGGUUCAAGUAACUCACUUUUCUCAAAAUUAAAUCAGGGUGGAGCCGUCACUCGUCCACCUCAGAAUCAACCGGUUCCAGUUGUGAUUCCUGGUGUUAUUCCAGCUGCCAAUGGAAAUGCUGACCAAGCCAAGGGACGCUCACGAUUACUCGAAGAAUUUCGUAAUCAACGCUAUCCAAAUCUUCAGCUUCGCGAUCUCGCCAACCAUAUUGUUGAAUUCUCUCAAGAUCAGCAUGGAUCUCGCUUCAUCCAGCAGAAGUUAGAACGUGCAACAGCUGCUGAGAAACAAUUGGUUUUCAAUGAGAUUGUUGGAUCUGCAUACAGUCUCAUGACAGAUGUUUUCGGUAAUUAUGUGAUUCAAAAGUUCUUCGAAUAUGGAACGCAAGAGCAGCGCUCACAACUCGCAGCGCAAGUUAAAGGAAAUGUCCUUAAUCUUGCUCUUCAAAUGUACGGUUGUCGUGUGAUUCAAAAGGCUUUGGAGAGUAUUCCAAGCGAACAACAACAAGAGAUUGUAAGGGAAUUGGAAGGGCAUGUCUUAAAGUGCGUUAAAGAUCAAAAUGGAAAUCAUGUCGUUCAGAAAUGCAUCGAAUGCGUCGACUCAAAUGCUUUGCAGUUCAUCAUAAAUGCAUUUAAUGGACAAAUCUUCACAUUAAGCACACAUCCAUAUGGUUGUCGAGUAAUUCAGAGGAUUCUUGAACAUUGCACAUCUGAACAGACAGCACCAAUCCUUCAGGAGCUUCACAUAAACACUGAAAAGCUUAUUCAGGAUCAAUAUGGAAAUUACGUAAUACAACACGUAUUAGAGCAUGGAAAGCCUGAAGAUAAAUCAACACUUAUCAAAUCAGUUUUAGGCAAAGUAUUGAUACUCUCACAACAUAAAUUCGCAUCGAAUGUUGUCGAAAAAUGUGUUACACAUGCAACACGAGCUGAACGGAAUAUGUUGAUCGAUGAAGUUUGCAUGUUUAACGAUAAUGGCCUUCAAGUGAUGAUGAAGGAUCAAUACGCUAAUUAUGUCGUGCAGAAGAUGAUUGAUGUAUCAGAGCCGACACAACGAAAGACUUUGUUGCAUAAGAUUCGACCACAUGUGAAUUCUUUGCGCAAGUACACAUAUGGGAAGCACAUCAUCGCUAAGUUGGAGAAAUUCUCUUUAAAAUCAGGCGUUGGUUCAAUUGCAACAGCAACAAGCCCAUCAACAACGACUGCUACAUCGACGACAGAUGUUUCAGUCACAACAACAGUUGGCUUUGGUCCAAUUGCUACAAAUGGAAUAUAAAUUUAAUUAUUUUAUUUUCAAGUAAGUUUCGACACCACAUAAAACAUACAAAAGUUACAUUCGACGGUUGAAAGAUUUGAUGAAAGGAAGAAUUCAUUCAUAAAGGAAUAAUUCAAACAAAAGUUAAUCAAAAGAAAAAAAAAGUAUUGCAAAAGCGAUUGAAUUUUAUAAUGAUUUGCUUAACUAUUCAAACAGACUUUUAUGUUUAUAAAUAUCUUAAGCAUUUGAAUGGAAAGCAAAAUUAAUGAGAGAAAGAAGGAAGCAUAGGCGAAGACAACCAAACAAUGCAAAAAGGCUCGCUUAAGGAUUGGACGACAAGU